AUGAGUAACUUAGAAAGUAUGCGUCCUUCAAUAGAAGAGACACCGCUUACUCCAAUGACUGAAAAUACUAUGGAUACUCUCGCUCCAACCACAACGAGAGAUUCAAUUAUCACAUACAGUACUGACUUGGGAGAUAGCAGUUUAACAACUGAUGACGUAUACGUAACCAAAAGAGAAAAAGAGGUAUCCUCAGGAAUAACCAACCCUUCCCCAUUUUAUCGACGAAGACGCUUUUGGGCUUUAUGCGCAGCAAUUAGUACCAUUAUUUCCGCCAUAUUCCUACCACUUUUAUUUUUGGUCAUAGUUCCAACCGUGGCUCAAAAUACGGUUAAUAAGUCACACAUCGAAUUUCAAGUCAUUAACAUCACAAAUGCAUCCGAUGAUCAAUUCGAUACUGAGAUGACAGGAGUGGCUUCAAAUGCUGGUCUCUUUGAUGCUACAAUGAAAUUUACUGAUUCCAUGAUUGUUUUAUAUAAAGGUAAUAAGAUUGGUUCCGUUAAAUUAGAAGAUAUUAAAGUUACCAAAGGGAAAGGAAAGAUAUCAGGGAAAAAUACUUUUACUAUUAGCAAUAAAACAGCUUUUGAACUUUUCACAAAAGAUUCGAUGUUAGAGGAAUCUUUUGUUUGGACACUUCAAGGAAAUGCAAAUGUACAAGCAUUUGGAAUCACCACAAAAAAUUUACAUGUCAAUAAAAAUGUAACAAUUCCCGGAGGUAAUGGUUUUAAAAGUAAAUUGACGAAUCUAAAAGUUAGCCAGAACCCUGAUAAAACUCUUCAAAUGGAAAUGACAACAAUUUUACAUAAUACAUCCCCUAUUUGCAUGGAACUUGGAAAUUUGACCUUUCAAGUUCAAAGUGGUGAAACAGUAAUGGCCAACGUAACUUCCAAUUAUGUCUACCUUACCACCAAUGAGAAUACGUUAACCUUGACAGGAACUGCAAAUUUACCAACAAAUGCUAUUGAUCAAUUAAACUUUUUAAAAGUUAUUGAAGCUUAUCUAUCAAACAAACCAUUCAACACAACUGCUAAAGGGGUAAAAAAUGAGCUUAAAGGUGGACCGGUGGAUUGGUUGAAUACAGCUAUUUCGAGUUUAACUAUAACGGCCGAAUUGGGAGGUGCUGAGAAAGCCCCACAACUCAUAUCAGAAGUUGAUCUUGGUCAAUUGAGUAUGAAGUUUACACCUGAAACAGCUUUUUCCCCGUUAAUUUCUGCGAAAAAUACUACCGCAAAAUUCAUACCACCAUUUGACGUUGAAUUUCAAAUUUUGUCCUUACAACAAAAGUUAACUAUUAACUAUCAAGGAAAAUCCGUCGCUGUGAUUCAAACCCCCGAAACAAAUGUGACAACCGUUAACGAUGAAAUCCUCCUUGAUGUUCCAGAAACUACCUUGCAAGCUUUUGAUGGAUUCUCUGACCUUUUAGUAGUUUUAACGACAACUGCAGGAUCUGAUGUUGAAAUCAUUGGAGAGGCCAACAUUACAUCGAAUUCACCAAUGGGAGUAGGAACCAUUCAUGGAGUUCCUUUUAAUGUAACUUCCAGAAUGGAAGGCUUGAACCAAUUUAACAGCCCCGGAAAAGAACCCGUCGUUAGUAAUAUUAAUAUUUUAGCUGGAACUACCAAUCAAAUUAUUAUAGGUUCUAUCGUGACACUUGCAAAUCCUACGUCAUUUUCCGUUUCCAUCGGCCAAGUAGGAUUUGAUCUGUAUUACAACGAUAGCAAAAUUGGAACAGUUGCUAUCGAUGAUUUAUCUAUUGUCCCCGGACCUAAUCCAGUUCAGGUUAUUAUUACCUUAGAUGAUCCUGCAAAUAAUGCUGGAAAUGAUCUUUUGGUUUCUUAUCUUAGCGGUAAAGAAACUAUUUUAAACAUCAAAGGUAACGAUGAUUCAACCAAAGUAUCUAGUAUGAUACCAGCAUUUAAAGCAAUCAAUAUCCCAUCUCCAUUACCACCUUUCAAUCUUCCACUUAUAACAAAAGCCAAUAUGGAAGUUACUCCACAAUCCGCAUUGGACAAUUCCACCAUAGCAAUUGUUGAAAUGACAAAUCCUUUUGAUGCACCAAUUUCGAUUUAUACCAUGGAUUCAUCAUUUGAAAUUAAUGGAACUUCACUUGGAUCAGUGCAACAAGAUUUAAAAGACAAUCCAAUUUUCCUUCAAGGUCAUGUUACUCAAAAACUUGGGUUUAAUGUUAAAAUGUCACUUGAUAUCGAAUCAACGAUUACCAUUUUAAGAAAUUUAGCUUUGGCAAAGGGCAUGGAUGUUUCGGGGCUAGACACACUCAUUACAGCAUUUCAUUUAAAUAUUCCUGGCGCAAAUUCGAAUGUAAUACCUAUUAAUGGACAAUCUAAACCAUUUAAUCCCUCUACCUUUAUUACAACAGCAUUAAAGGAAAUUCCCACACAUAUCACUUUGGAUGCUCAAGUUGCAAUUGGAAAUUAUUUUCUACCAUCUUUAAAGUAUCAACAAGAUAUUAACGUAGAAACAGAUGAUUCCAUAGUAUAUUUGCUUGCUUCAAUCCUAAAAUUUUAA